GUACCAUUUCGCGAAAUCGCCACCCCCUAACGGCGAGCCCGUGCCUGUAAAACCCUAGACGGCGGCGGCGGCGGCGGCGGCGCCCCUCGUUCAUGCCGAGCUGCCUCGUCGGCCUGGCCCCGCCACCGCCCGCCGCCCACCACCUCCUCGUACUCCUAGGCCGCCGAAGAAUGGCCUCCACCACCGCCGGGCCGUCCCGCGCCUUCCAGCUCCGCCUCAACCCGCUCACCGGCGACUCCGAGUGGCUCGUCGUUGACGAGGAAGUGGACGGGGAGGGGGCAGCGCCUCCUCUGAAGACGCCGGCAGCUCAGAGGCAGCUCCUGGCCGCCACCUCCUACCUCGACAUGCUCAAUGAUGCUGCCCGCAACCGCGCCUACCGCCGCGCCAUCGAGGCCGCCGUCACCGACCCCGCCGCCCGCGUCCUCGACAUCGGAGCUGGGACCGGUUUGCUCUCCAUGAUGUCUGCGCGGGCUUUGGGGAAUGUUAGAAGUGAAGCUAGCGGUAGUGUAUCAGCAUGUGAGUCCUACCUUCCCAUGGGGAAGUUGUUGCGGAAGGUACUGAGAACCAACGGGAUGGAAAAUAAGGUGAAAGUCUUUCAUAAGCGGUCGGAUGAACUCGAAGUUGGAGUUGAGCUUGAUUCACCAGCUGAUAUACUGGUGAGUGAAAUUCUUGAUUCUGAGCUGUUAGGUGAGGGUCUGAUACCUACUCUACAGCAAGCUCAUGAUAUGUUACUGGUGAAAAACCCAAAAACAGUUCCAUAUCGAGCCACUACAUACGGGCAGCUAGUUGAUAGUACAUUCUUGUGGAAGAUGCAUGAUUUGCACAACAAUGAAGCAAAUGCUGCAGAUGGUGUCUGGCUUACUCCUGAUGGGAUGGAAAAUAUUGUUUCCGUGAAGCUACAGCAACAUGCAAUGCAGUGUGACCCAUUACAAGACGAGAUACGAUUGCUGUCAGAACCCUUCAAAGUUUUUGAAUUUGACUUUUCGGAACGACCAGAUAGUCAUCGAGAAACCAAGAUCACGAUAAAAACAACUGGUGAUGGAUGUGUUCAUGCUAUUAUUUCAUGGUGGGUGCUUCAAUUAGAUUCUGCUGGGUCAAUCUUCUACUCAACUGCUCCUAGAUGGGCGAGACAAUCAAGUAUUGAGGAUCUGCCAAAAUGUGUCAAUGACACCAACGAUUGGUGUGAUCACUGGAAGCAUUGUGUUUGGUUUACACAAGGGAAAGGUGCUCCUGUCAUGAAAGAUCAAAUUGUUUCUCUAAGGGCUAGUCAUAACCUAACUAGCAUCUCAUAUCAGCUGCUAAACACAAAUGAUGAAGCAUGCAACAGAAGCUUGAAAGGUGACCAGCUAGCAUUGUUACCGGAAAGGGUGGCACUUUAUGGUGAUAGAUAUUGGAGAUCAGCUUUGAUAACUGUAGUGAAAAAUGCUCUGAGAGACAGAUCUUCGCAAACCUGUAUUGUGGCUGAUGAUAGUAUAUUCCUAGCUCUCUUAGUUUCGUCUCUGUCACCAUCUUCAAAAGUCAUUGCCAUGUUUCCUGGUCUACGGGACAAGGGUGCAGCAUACCUUCAAGCUGUUGCAGAUGCUAACAAUUUCUCCAUGGACCAAAUUCAAGUGAUUGGUAGAAGAGUGGCAUCUGUUACCGCGGAUGAUUUGAAGCAUAAGAAGAUUAACUUAUUAAUGGGUGAACCAUUUUAUUAUGGCGGUGAAGGGAUGCUUCCAUGGCAAAACCUACGUUUCUGGAAUGCAAGAACUCUGCUUGAUCCGAUGUUAUCCAAGGAUGCACUCAUAGUGCCUUGUAAAGGAAUACUGAAGUUGUGCGCCAUGUCUCUUCCGGACUUGUGGAGGAGUCGUUGCAGCCUUAAAGACGUCGAGGGUUUUGACCACUCUGUUGUUAAUGAGACUUUAGGAGCCUGCGGUGAUCUUCCUGGAGAGCAGCAAGGUCCUUGUCUGCCAUAUUAUGUAUGGCAAUGUGGUCAUACAAAGAAAUUAAGUAAAGUAUACUCUCUCAUGGACUUCAACUUUUUUGAGCCUAUUCACUCCUGCUUUGGGAAAACAAAGAUUGAGUUUGCUGAUGCUGGAACAUGCCAUGGUUUCGCACUUUGGAUCGACUGGGUGCUUGACGAGAAGAACUCCACUGUGCUAAGCACAGGACCAGAUAGCCGAUACUGGAAGCAAGGAGUGCAGCUGCUCAGCAAACCUGUGGAGGUGAACCCGGCCGAUUCAGCGGUGCAUGUCGAGGCCUCCUUCGAUCCUGCCUCUGGAGAUCUAACUUUUAGUUCCUUGUUCUCUUGAUGUAACUUGGAAUAUUCAACUUCUCGCAUGAUAAGAAAUCGCCUGGCUUUACUGUUUGUGGCUGCCAAUGGUUGCUUUGCUAGUUGUUGGACAGCACGGCGAUAUGCACACGGAGAUUCGUGUAUAACUUGAUGAUUAUGAUGAUGAUGAGGCAACGCUUGUUUCUUUCAGGAGAAA